UGGGAGUGAACGAGGUAAUUAGGUUAGGACUGAUGCGAUUCCUGACGUUUGGCCAGGGUAUCAGACCAGUUUGAUAUGGUCGUAAGACGAUGAUGGUGUAAAUUUACACCUUUCAACUUGCACGCGAAAUGUCGAAGUGGUUGACGUGGAUUUAGGCAGCUUAGAUGCAUGCCACGUGUGAAUGGUGACGUACAGGUGAGACGAGCUCGGCGAGAGGGUUGCUUGUAAUUUUGAUCAGCACAAUUUGGCUUUCGUGCGGUAUUGUGGGCGUUGGUGAAGAGGUUCAAAGUCUUGGUACAUUGUGAGGACGGUGCACCACGGUUGAUACAAGUAGCGGAUCAUUUGGUGUGCAUUCAGACAGGGAGUCAACUGGUGAGAUCAGGGAACAAUUGGAUUGGUAUGUACGUGAUUGUGAGUGCUUGAAGGUCAUACUAGAUCAUUAAGCAUGGCUGCCGAAACAACUGCCGAGGGAUGUCUUCCUUCAUGCACUGCAAACAGACUUGCCACCCUGUCUCGCCAUUUGCGGCCUGCUCUUACGCAAUCUUCUCUCUCUACUGAGAAUUGUCUUUCUCAAGAAGCCAGACCAGCUUCGUCUGGAGGGAAAGGAUCACUGAAAGUUGUGGACAGUAGAACUGGGAAGAAUUAUGAGUUCGAAAUCAGUGAAGGGGGAACCAUCAAGGCAACAGAUCUUAAGAAGAUUACCGCUGGUGGGGAUGGCUUCGGGUUGAGAACGUAUGAUCCAGGGUACUUGAAUACCGCGCCCGUUCGUUCUUCCAUCUCUUACAUCGAUGGUGAUAGAGGAAUUUUGCGCUACAGAGGAUAUUCUAUUGAGGAGCUUGCGGAAAAGAGCACCUUUCUCGAAGUGGCAUACUUACUCAUGUAUGGUAACCUACCAACGAAGCCACAGUUAUCAGAUUGGGAGUAUAAUAUCGCGCAACAUUCAGCUGUGCCUGAGGGUGUGCUGAAUAUUAUUGGAGCCUUGCCGCAUGAUGCACACCCGAUGGGGAUGUUGGUCGGUGCCAUAUGCACAUUGUCUUCAUUUCACAAUGACGCUAAUCCAGCUUUGAGGGGUCAAGACUUGUAUAGCUCAAAGGCGGUCCGCGAUAAGCAGAUAGUGCGAAUUCUCGGGAAGGUGCCUACACUUGCUGCAAGUGCAUAUCUUCGGAUGGCAGGCAGGCCUCCAGUGAUGCCACUUAAUAACCUUGGAUACGCGGAGAAUUUCCUGUAUAUGCUGGAUUCUAUGAACGAUCGAACGUACAGACCAAAUCCUCGUCUCGCCAGAGUGUUGGACAUUCUUUUCAUAUUGCAUGCUGAACAUGAAAUGAAUUGUUCGACCGCUGCUGCUAGGCAUCUUGCCUCAAGCGGUGUCGAUGUAUACACGGCCAUUGCAGGUGCCACUGGCGCUCUUUACGGACCAUUGCACGGUGGCGCAAACGAGGCUGUUUUGAAAAUGCUGAACGAGAUUGGUACAGUAGAAAAUAUCCCAGAGUUCAUUGAGGGCGUGAAGAACAGGAAGAGGAAAAUGUCAGGCUUUGGCCAUCGUGUCUACAAAAAUUAUGAUCCUCGGGCAAAGGUUAUUCGAGGCCUUGCUGAGGAGGUUUUCUCUAUAGUAGGACGUGAUCCCCUGAUUGAGGUAGCGGUGGCUCUAGAGAAAGCAGCUCUAUCGGAUGAGUAUUUCGUGAAGAGGAAACUUUACCCUAACGUGGACUUUUAUUCUGGUCUAAUCUACAGGGCGCUUGGUUUUCCGACAGAGUUUUUCCCCGUGUUGUUCGCUAUACCGCGCAUGGCUGGAUAUCUGGCUCACUGGAAGGAGUCACUUGACGACCCUGAUACUAAAAUCAUGCGACCUCAGCAGUGGUACACAGGAGAGUGGUUCCGGGUGUACACACCCGUUUCAGAUCGUACAGAAAUUACAGCAGCUAAGGCUGAAAAGUUAGGACAAGUGCCUAUUUCGAAUGCCUCCAAACGGCGAUUGGCUGGAGUUGCCGGAGAACAUACAUAGAGAGAAUUUUGGCAAUGUAUACAUGGGUCUGUCAACCCACAUAAGUUAUUGAGUUGGCGUCUAUUACAUGCAGGACCUGUACAAAAUCAUAUAUCUUGUCCCAACGUAUAGUACACACCAUACUGCGUCUGAAGAGCCAUGGUUUAGCAGUAGUCCCACACACAACGUGGGUAUUUUCUGCCCUGAGAUUCUUACUCAUUUGUUCCAAUUUUUGAAACAUUCUUCUUUUAUAUUGUAACGGCAAAGGGCAAUCAUGGAAAGUGAAGUUCUCUUCUGUUAUAUGUUAGUGCACAAUAGAAUUUAAGUAAAAGAUACUGCGGAGUGUUUUGUGUUCACUGAUAGAGCAAACCA